UUUUAGAACAUUUUUUCAAAUUCGUUGCCAGAAUGUUGAAAAAAAAAAUUAUUUUUACAAAAAUGCAAGUCGUCUUCCUUUUCAUGUUUUUGGUGUAAUUCUUGCAAAGGUGGUUUUUCAACAUUUCGCAACAUUACCACAGUCUCCCUCAAAAUUGAGGUCCGUCAAUCAGUCUUGAAUUUUUGAAACAGUUUACCAUCACGUGAUUCAUUUUUCGUUUCGAAAAACUUAAAAAAAGGAAUCCUAACUUUCACCUAAAAACGAACCAAAAUAGAUGGAAAAAAUGUAUGUGACCCCGACUAAAAAUAGGAUCUCCCUCAGUUUUGAUAUGUCACCUUGUAGUACUCACUGAGACAACGAUGUGGUCACAUCGCGAAAUUAAUUAACUGUAUCCACUCCUGGCGGAUCACCCAUCGGGAGCAUGAUCAGACACGUCUAGAACAAACCCUUCAUGUGCAAACCAACCUCCGCAUGGUCCCACUAUAUUAAAACCUGAAGAGAAGAAGCAGCAGCAGCAGCUGCCACCGCUUUUCAAAUAGUUCUAGGAAUUAGGUGCAGUUACUUGCACCUUUGUGCAAGUAAAACAACAAAGAAACACCUUCGUCUGAAUAUGGUGUAAGUUUUGCAACCUUCAGUAAAAUGUGCCCCUCACUAACAGGUCCAAGAUGCACUCUUCUAAAGCGUUAGUACUGGCAAUCCGCUCAACGGCAGGCGUGGACUUUGACCAAACGCGUGCUCUGCCGCGCCGUGCCGUGUGUUGCAAUCGCAUAAGCAUACAAAAUUUGUGCUAGCGCUGCUCACAAACUACAAACUAAAAAUAGUUGCUUUCGGUGGAUAAAAUUAAAGUGCAAUGAGAGCAGUUUUUUUUUUUUUUGAGUGAAAAGGCGACGGUUUGCAACGUGACAGCCGUGCGGAUUCCAAUACUCAUCCACGCCCCGGCAGCCGUCGCGUUGGUAGAAAACCGCGCGCAACAGUAAUAGCAGAGGAAAAAAAACUCUCACCCUAAGCGCGCGCCACCAGCAGGCACCGACGUCAGCAGCGGCGGCUGACGCGCUGCCUUGUCCGUUCGUUCGUCCGUCCAUUCGUACGAAAGAAGGGUGUGAGCGCUCUCAUUGUCCUAGGCACCGCUCCAUCCAUCACGCUCUAGCGCCCGGCAUCUUUGAACACAAACGGCACCCGUCUCGCUCCCGCUCAUUGAUCACGAUACGAUCACGCAGUGCGCACUCGGAAUCAGCUGGUGUUCACGUGAACAGUGCAUGAUUCGCUUUUUUAAAUGGCAUUCAAGCCCAACUGAACUUUGGACCCUACGAGGAGCGCUGGCUGCUCUCGCUUCGACAAACAAACCGGUCCGGCUUCGUCGUCGUCGCUUGAUCUUUUUGCUAAAAUAUUUCUGCUCCCGCUCUCUUCAAACUUUUGCUCUCGCUUGGCAUCAGCAACGGCCUGCUGGGUUUGCAAUGACGUCGGUCGGUUACAUUCCUGUUCGCUCUUUAUUUCACUCCUUUUGCGCUCUCUCUCGGUUCGACCUCCAGAAAUAGCUGCUAGUGCUGCUACUGGAAAUAAUGACACAACUUUGCCUGGGAUUAAGAGCCGCGAUUACACACCCAUUUUGUGCUCGAGAUCAGGGUAUACGUGCGACUGAGCGCGUGUUUUGGUCACUUUCCAACAACGCGGACGCGCGUCGAUUCGACAGUUCCGUUGGCCUUCAACAGUUCAAACAGAUUCAUUUAGGUUGGCAAAGUUUUUGUUUCUCCUCCGCUUUAAUCAUGACCUCAAGCCAAGUGAAGCAGGCUUUAAAACGCAAGCUAGAACAACACCAGCGUGUCCCCGAGAUGCUUGCAAAGGAUUUCACCACCCCAAAUCAUUCAGAUCUGUCCGAGGAUGAGUCUGACCUACCCCCGCGGAAGCGAAUGUAUGUGCGCAAUCCGGUACAACUGGAACAGCACUAUCACCAUGCCCUACCCAGCUCCAUUACCCCCCCUCCAUCGGAUUUCUCGGCCUCUGAGGAUGAAAACACUAAGUCCGCUGAUGAUGCACAGUGUCCAUCCACGAUGCUGGCUCAGCCUCAGCGAUCAAGUGUCAUCAUGCGGAUCAACAAGGACGGAUCGUGUACAUCGGCUCAAAAUGCCAAAGAGGACGACAGCAGUCUGAACGUAUUCCGAUGUGUGAAGUACAAAAUGGGACGACGUUCGCCAUUCGAGAAGCAAUCUGAAGUAUGCGAGCGUCCCACCACACCCGUUGAGCUCAUGCAACCACCCAAACCAGCGGACACCAUCGAUCGCAUAUCUUCGCGAGAUUACCCCGUAGUCCCCAAUCGAGUAUUAGAACAAAGCCAGAAGUAUGUACCUGCAGUAGUUCCUUCCGCGCCGGCCGCCGUUCCCAUCAUGCCAGCCCCCACCGCUCAAAAACCGGUCAAGUCCGCGUCCUCGCUCCCAGCAAUAGCUCCUAAGAUUACGCCCAUUCUACUUGCCACCCAAAAUGGCUACAUUCUGGUCUCACAACCUAUCUCACAAAACCACCUGCUGAAUGCCGCUGGAAACGGUAAAGCCAUCCUCGUUCCUGCCCCAACCGCCGCCGUUCCCAUCACGCCAGCACCCGCCGCAGCCCAUCAAGCUCAAAAACCCGAACGCCGAAGAAUCUACGAGUGUGAACACCCGAACUGCGGCAAGAACUACUUCAAAUCCAGCCACCUGAAGGCCCACCAACGCAUCCACACCGGAGAGCGACCAUUCCUGUGCAAGUGGCCCGACUGCGGCCGCCGUUUCUCCCGAUCCGACGAGCUGUCCCGCCACAAGCGAACCCACACCGGCGAAAAGAAGUUUGUCUGCCCCGUUUGCCAGCGACGCUUCAUGCGAUCCGAUCACCUGUCGAAGCACGUCAAACGCCACAACAAAGACAAGAGCCAGAAGGGUGGACAGCAGUCGCAUCAAUCGCAGCAACCUUCGGUUGUUCCGCAGAUCUACCCAGUGUCGGUCUACCAACCUGCUGUUGGAACGCUGCCGGAACAGAUGCAGUUUAUGCCCGCCCCGGCCGAAAUUCGCGUGCAGUCGGUCUACUAAAUUAGGUGUCCCCAAGCCCCGAAAACCGAACCCAACUCGUGUUUUACGUGUUUGUCUCACGCCCCCGGCCUCGGUGCGAAAUGCAUCAAGCUCCUGUGUAUAUGUGUGUUGUACAUAUAUAUCUAUGUGUAUAUUCUGGAACUGACUAGAUUUUAGUGUGUUGUCAUAUCUCUUUGACAGUCUAUUAUUUGUGGUGUCCCUCUUUCAAAGGAAAAAAAGCAAAAAAAACACAAUGUUACAAGGAAGAUCUAAACACUUUUCCCAAACAGUUCAUUCCAAGUCACUAUUAUUAUUCUCUUCCUCUUACUGCAAGAAACGGGAAUGGUUAGAUAGAGUGGAACAAUUUCUAUUACUCUUUUUGUUAAACACGCGUCGUAGUAGGGGACUGUCACGGUUUAUUUUUAUUUUUUUCGUUAACCGAGUUAGAUUUUGGAAUUUGAGUUUACGUUUUUCCUAACAAAUACAACUUUUAAAUAUUAUAUAAAACAUGCGUCUGUGAUCGUUUUAAAGUUACACUACCGUUAAGAGAGAAUGGAAUGAAAAACUCGUUGUUUAAUUAAUAAUUUCAAAGUUUAGUAACUUAUUCUAGCGCAGAAUGAGAAGCAGAGAUAGGUUAGUACUCCUUAUAAGUUCACCUGUUGGUUCAAAUCGAACUCUUGGAAAACAACAUAUUGUUUUAAAAUGUUAUGGAUGAAAACAACAAACAAAACAAAAGAAAGAUGAAAAGAAAGCAAAUGCGGAAAAAAUGGAAAAUACAAAACUAUCAAUUACACAAAAACUAAA